ACGAAGCUAGUUAGCGUCUUUGCUAGUAUAUUUACUAGCAACUUCAGCCUAUUAAACUGGGCUGAAGUGGGGCUGGGGCGCCCACGGACACAGGCGCGACAUGGCUUCUUUUUCACCUGCUGCUCCCCGCUGGAACUGUCCUCAGAUGUUCUGCCAGGCACCGCAAAUGGGAAGCCCUCAAAGCCGGUGUAACUGCAGUCCAUCUGAAGUGACAGUAUGGGGAUUUUGGAGAAAAUCUCUGAAAUAGAGAAAGAAAUUUCUCGGACGCAGAAAAACAAAGCCACUGAGUACCAUCUGGGCUUGCUGAAAGCCAAGUUAGCCAAAUACAGAGCUCAGCUAUUGGAACCCUCCAAGUCAGCGGGGGCCAAAGGAGAAGGCUUCGAUGUUAUGAAAUCGGGAGAUGCACGCGUUGCUCUUAUUGGUUUUCCCUCUGUGGGUAAGUCCACCUUCCUCAGCUUGAUGACGUCAACAGCCAGUGAAGCCGCCUCCUAUGAGUUCACCACCCUCACCUGCAUACCAGGGGUCAUUGAGUACAAAGGGGCCAACAUCCAGUUGCUGGAUUUGCCAGGAAUCAUUGAGGGUGCUGCCCAAGGUAAGGGUAGGGGUCGUCAGGUCAUUGCUGUCGCCAGGACAGCAGACGUUGUCAUCAUGAUGCUGGACGCCACCAAAGGUGAUGUCCAAAGAGAACUUUUAGAAAAAGAGUUGGAGUCGGUGGGCAUCAGGCUGAACAGGCUUAAACCCAAUAUAUAUUUCAAGCAAAAGAAAGGGGGUGGCCUCUCUUACAACUCCACAGUUCCUCUCACGCACUGCUCUGAGAAGCUGGUUCAGCUCAUCCUUCAUGAAUACAAAAUCUUUAAUGCAGAAGUCCUCUUCAGGGAGGACAGCACGCCGGACGAGUUCAUUGACGUCAUUGUUGGCAACAGAGUUUACAUGCCUUGUCUAUAUGUGUACAAUAAGGUGGAUCAAAUCUCCAUUGAGGAGGUGGACCGCCUGGCCCGCAGACCUCACAGUGUUGUCAUCAGUUGUGGCAUGAAGCUCAACUUGGAUUAUCUUCUAGAGACGCUUUGGGAAUACCUGGCUUUGAUUUGCAUUUUUACCAAGAAAAGAGGAGAGCGUCCAGACUUCAGUGAUGCCAUCAUCAUGAGAAGAGGAGCAACUGUAGAACACGUGUGUCAUCGGAUCCACAGGACCUUAGCGAGCCAGUUCAAGUACGCUCUGGUUUGGGGCACCAGCACUAAGUACAGUCCUCAGAGGGUGGGCCUGACACACAUCAUGGAGCACGAGGACGUCAUCCAAAUUGUCAAGAAGUAAAACAAGCUUUGCCCGUUUUGGAGGCGCCACAGGAGGUGUUCCCAAAUUGGCUGGGGGAAAAA